UUUUGUGUCUGAUAAAUAGAUCGGUUUCCUCUAUCAAAGUUGCAAGAAAACCCUAAACGGAUCAAAUUCUGGGAAGUCGAUAGAGAUCGAUCUCCUCUCUCUCUCUCUUUCAUCAUCAAAGUUGCAGGAAACCCGGAUCGUUAUGGCAGGAGGUGACCAUCCGUUUCAUCUGGAGACGGGAGUGUGGUGGGACAUGAACACCUGUCCGGUUCCCCCUGGUUUCGACCCUCGUCAUGUCCGUGGGUGUAUAAAAUCUGCGUUGGAGAAGAAGAUUGGUCGUCCUUCUGUAGUCAGCAUCUAUGCCCUGGGCAACCUAGAAUACAUCCCAAGGGACCUCUUGGAAAUGAUCUCUUCCUCUGGAAUCACUCUUAUUCAUGGCCUCCGCAAUAUGAUGGACUUUAAUGGGUUUCUGGAAGAAUGGUCUGACAACAGCAUGGACACCACUUACACAAUGGUGAUAACCGAUGAUUAUGGGAUUGCUUAUCCUCCUCUUCUUGGGCUUUUUGAAUUCUCUAAGCUUUGUGCAUAUCCAAAAGAUGGUCGGCUCAUUGCCCUUGCCAAUCAAAGCAAUCCCAGACAUAGAGUGUUGCCCUGUGACUUUGUCUGGGAAGCUUUAUUGUCUGAUAAUUACGCAGAUACAACAGAUGAGAUGAAUUCGACCCGGAGUAAACCUCUCUACGGGAGUAAACCUCUCUACGUGUGCAACAUAUGCGAUACUUAUUUCGAAGAAGAAUUCAGCCCUCAUCUCAAAUUCAGCACUCAUCUCAAGGGUGAAGGACACAGAACAAAGUUGUUUGAUAUAGCGGCUAGAGACUCCAGCAACGGUGAGCUUAAACAUUUUUGCCAAGUUUGCAAUUAUCCCGCCGACGUCGAUUUUAACUUACGCCUCCAUAACCAAAGUGAAGAACAUAAGCUGGCUGCGAAAAAGGCUCAAGAAGAGGACAAUUGCGAGAGCAGGAACAGAGGUCCAGAGUGGGAUCCGGUUGGCGAGAUAAGAAGCAAUCUCUCUUGAACGAGGCAAACAGUGAAGAUCAUUGAUCAUUGUUGUGUUUAAGUUUACUGCAUAAUACUUAUCUUAUUAUGUUUAAUAGUUUGUUCGUCCGCCACUAAAAUAUUUCUAAGUCUUGUUUGUUUGCUUUUUUUUUAUCGGUUAAAAUGAAAAUCUUAAUCCCGUUGCUUUAUGCAAA